CCGCUCUUCCACGUCACACCCUCGCCCCGUCGCACACUCUGCGGCGCACGCCCAGUCACCGUCCGUUCCGAACGCUCGCCGCCCCUCGCGAGUCUCUGGCGUCGUCUCUGCUCGACCCAGCCUGCUCGACGCCCUCGCACCUUGUGCCGUACGCGGCCGCGACGCCAGCGGGCAGCGCUCCGGGCCGACGACUGCGGAGGCGCUUUGCAUCGGCGGCGUUGCUGCAAAGCAGGCCCAUCUGUGCUGGCACGGCCGACCGGCGCCGCACUGGUGACGCAGCCCGCUAGCUGCUGCCUGCGCCAGCACCGCAUCGCGCCGCGCCCCCGCCCGUCCCUGGCGGGUCGAGCAGCGCGAUGUUCGCCUCUCUGCCGUCGGCAGUGCGCUCGUAUCUGCGUCUCGAUGCGCCGCCAGACGUCUCAGCGCUGCUCGAUGCCCGUGAUGUCGCCCGCAUCCUCAACGCGUUCGCGUCGCCGGCCGAGGUCUUCUCGCUGCUCACCGUCACGGACGUGCGCCGAGCACUGGUGCGCGCACCUGCACGCGUCCACCUCCUCGUGCGCCUGCUCGUGGCGCAUCUCGAGAGUCUGCGCGACGAUGCCGCUUUCUGUCCUCGCCCGCGCCAAGCUGAGUCCGGACGCCUGCCCGCUCUCGGCGGUGCGUGGGGCUUGGGUCUGCAGAGCAGCACGUUUCGCCAAGACGCAGCCGGCGGCGGCGCCUCGGUGCGCGAUCGCCAUCGCGAGGCGCUGAACUGCAUUCGCAUCCUCACUCGCAUCCUGCCCGUCAUCAUGGAAGGCGACCACGAUGCAACGUGUAUUGCGCAGUCCGAAGCCCACGCCGAACGGCCAGACCCGGACUCCCCUCCAGCGGCGCUGGCAUCGACCGACUUCGAGCGCAGCCUGUUUCUCAGCCGCCUGCCUGCUCCGGCGACUGCCGAUCUUGUGCUGGAGCCACGCGGCACCAGAGAGCCGCUGCCGGUGCCAGAGGCAUCGCAUUUCGUCAUCGACGAGGACGAGACGGAGGACGGCGGCGGGCCGGCGUCGCCAGGGCACGCUCCAUCACUUCCGCUGACCGCAUCCGGAGAGGGCUCUGAGCCGCCAUUGAUAGAGCGUCUUGUGACCCUCGUCGUCGACCUGUUGUUCUACUCCGGCUUCACGCUGCCCUGGACGGCCGAGCUGCUCGCGCUGCCCGACUCUGUCCCGGUGCGAGAGUCGCGCGUGCACUACGCGAUCUGGGAGCAGGGCGUCGGCAGCUCCAUCGAGCUCAAGGGCACAAGCCGCACGCACGAGGCCAACCGAGCCGAGACUCUGCGCCUGCUGCUUGUCUUGUUCUCCAAGGCCAUCUACGUGCCGGCGACCGAGCAGAGCACGCACAAGGACGCAGCUCUCAGCUUCGCGGCGACCUUGCUCGACCGCAGCGUUGCGCUUCCGCUCCUGUGCUCCUUGCUCAACACGGGCGUGAAGCACGCAGGAGACAGUCACUGGCUGGCCAGCCUAGCUGGGUUGCCCGGUGGCCUCGUCAAGGAUCGGCUCGCCGGCACGCCGACGCCUGAGGAGACGCGCAGCACGCUUGCGGGCCUGUGUCUGCAGACGCUCGGCGUGCUCUUGGCCUGGGAGCCGACGCCAGAAGAUGCCGAGGCGGGCCGACCAGCGGCGGAUCCUCAGCGCCCACCGCUGGCCAGCAACACCUCGUCAGCUUCGCUCCAGUCGAACGCGCGCGGCGAGCAAAACGUCUUCCGCUUCUAUCUGUCCAAGCUGCACCGCCAAGCGGACUUUGUACUGCUCUCGACUGCGCUCCUCGAUGCUGCCGCCGUGCGAGGAUCCGGCAGUCUCAACCCGCUGGCUCAUCGCGCCGCCCCGACGCUCAUCACCGGCGGCGGUGGGCCAGGCGGCGGCUCGCUCGCCCACGCCCCGGAAGCACUCCUGCUCCUCUGGCGGCUUCUCACGCACAACGCGCGCUUCCGCGUCUUCAUGCUCGACGACGAGGUCCGCACGCCUCUGUUCCUCUCGUGCUUGCUCUCACACGCGCUCACGCACAAGGACAGCGUUGCGCAGCAGGGCCUCGUGCGACUGUGCAUCUUCAUGCUCCAGGACGCGAGUGCCACGUCCUCGUUUGCGCUGCGCAUCUGCGCUCGCGGCAGCGCUGCAAAUUGCCGCAUCCCGAACGCCUCGCGCCUUGGCGUCGUCUCUGGGACGGCAGGCCAGGCUGGCACCGCCGCGGAUGCGCUGAUCCAGGCUGCCUACGCAGUCAUGGCCUCGACGCGUGGCGCACUGUCGGCGCUGUAUCCGCCUCUUGUCAUUGCGCUGGCGAACACCGCCCCGUCCUGGCGCGGCCUCACCGUCGCGAGCAGCGCGCGCCUGGCCUCGCUGCUUGGCAGCUUCUCCGCGCCUGCGUUCCUGCUCGCCGACGAAGGCAACCCGCGCCUGCUCUACUUUCUCCUCGAGGCGCUCAAUGCCGUCCUGCACCGCAACGCUCAGGCCAACCCCAACCUGAUGUACGCAUUGCUGCGCAGUCGCCGAGACGUCGAGCGGCUCUCUCGCUUCACGCUGGCGUCGGGCAUUGCCGACGUGCGACGGAGCCGGCAGCGCACGGGCAACGCGUCGCAAGCAGCCCAGCCACCUCCGCGGGCGUCGCUGACGGACGACACCGCCGCCAGUGCGCAGACGUCGCCUACCAUGCUCGACACGUCGCUCGCCGAGGACGAGAAGGCGCAGUCGCCUGUCCAAGGGGAGCAGGAGCGAGUGUCAAACGGCGCGGGUAAUGCCGUUCCGGAGUCGGGCGCACCGGCGGACAUCGACUCAUCGUCGGAGAAGGUCCGUGGCAAACGCCGGCAGAUGUCCGGCACCAACGGCCAGUCUGCGCCGGGCGUGCCGACCGCCGAUGCGCUCGAUGCGGAAGACGCCCUCGUCGCAGGCUUCAGCGACGACGAGCUCCUGGCGGCCGCAAGCACCAUCGGCAGGAACGGGUUCAUCGCAACUCCCGCCUGGGUCGCGAGCUGGCAGUCUGGACUACCAUUGGACACGCUGCAAGUGGUGCUGAUGGAGCUCGUGCCACGGGUGGAGGAGCACUGCGCGGCGACGGGCAUUGUCGGCAAGAGCGACGCCGACGAGCGCAUUCUCGCCUUUCUGCGCGAGCAGACGCUGCGCGACGUGCUGCCCGCCGCUCCGCCCACGCACUUGCGCGCGUUCCGGUGGAACGAGCAGGCCCGCGUCUGGCUCCUGUCCUACCUUUGGGGCCUCGUCUACGUCAGCGCGCAGCUGCCUCAGUGCGUGACGUGCAAGGGUGCGGUACCCUCGCUCGCCGUGCGCUGACUCGUCUGCUCCGUGCGCAGUGGCAUCUAUGCCGGCAGCACUGCCCGCCUCUUCCAGCUGCGCGCGCCAGCGGUGCGCUCGUCGAGCACGGCAGACUUGGCAGUGCCGGGCCUCGGCGUGCUGUCGGACGCAGUCGCCGGUGUGCUGGGCGUCUUUGGCCGCGCCGGACCGACGUCUCCACCGCCCUCUGCGCCGCCGACGCCGCACCGUGCUGGCAGCCAGACACCGGGCAUGCAGACGCCGACAGGCUUUCAGCUCGAGGAGCGAGCGCGCACAGACCGCCAGACCGCCUCGUGACGGCCAGUAGCACCCCGCACCCGCACCCCUGCUCCCUGUUCCGCGCCCUGCGGCAUUCAAGCGCACCUGCUCUGCUGAGAUCCGGGGCGAAGCUGUAUUUUAUUGCAACGCGAGUGGCCUGCUGCCCAGCGACAGCCGUC